AUGGUUAAUCUGUUUGUCCGCAACAGAGGACGGCAAUACCUCUGCUGUACUGCGCGAGAGCAGGAUUUCCAACUUGUCACAACUGGGCCGCAUGGAAGCUUGCACACUUCUUGGGGAGGAAGGCUUGAAGGUUUGAUAUUCAAUGACUCUGCUUGUUGGGUUGUUUUCCUUUUUGCCAGGCCCAUUGCUCCAUCACAGCUUCCGGAGUCUUCCCAUGGGCCCUUUGCGCGAUUUCAUACCCUGCCAAUCGAAAUUCACUACACAAUUCUUGGUUUCCUCGAUGUUCAUGAUAUAUUGCGCUUCGGUCUUACUUGUCGACACUUCUGGGGCAUCUCCAAAUCGAUAAUUACGAAAUAUUUUGCUAAGCUAUUAGGCGUUUGGGCGGGGGCUUCGGUUACCUGUGUGGGUGGGGACGAUCGAUUACUCCUGGAUGACUCUGAACAUAACAAGCUGAGGAUAUUCAAUGAAGAAUGGGACGAGACAAUUCUCAUUAAGCGAUCAAAUCCAAUGAACUCGCGUACACCUGAGUGGAAUUUCAGUUUCCCGGAUGUCUUGUCGAGGCAUGUUUUUGGCUUGAAGUGUCGUUUCCCACAGGAUCUACCCGAGGUAAUAAAUCCCAGACCUGCAUCAUUUUAUCCGACCGAUAAGCCGUGGGUUCUGCGUAAUUUAACCACUCGCGAGUUUGUUUCUGCGCAAGCCAUUGCACUGAAGCCGGAAUAUGUCCGAGGCCCGUUCAUUGACAUAUUGGGAUUUGGCAGUGUAAUCAUUGCUCGGACUUUCCGUACAACUCAUUAUACCUUACCUACAGUAUGCGAUGACCUUGAGAGGGGCACUCGCUGUCGAGGUGCUUGGGUAGGACACAUGUUGGAGAUCGUGCCUUUAGAUUCCAUCCACAUGGACGGCUCCUGGAAGGACGUAAGCAAUGAGGUAGCGAAGGAGCUUGCAGAGAUAUGCGAGGCGAAGUUUGGAGAAGAUUGGCGCAAUAAGCUGAUCUCGCACAAAUUCUAAGGAGUUUGGCUUGUCAGUCGGUUGUUUUGUUUGAAUGUCCCCGGGUUGGGAGGUCUAAUCAUCA